GCGUCCCAAGCUCAUUGGCUCCGGCGUCCUCACCUUGCGAUGGUCUCGCUGCUGCGGAACCUGUCCCGGGGAUGCUGGGUGCGAGCUGCGCUCCGGUGCGGGACAAAUGCCCGCGCCCUAAGCGCGCUCCAGUGCCCCAGCUGGGGUGCGCGAAGCCUUUCGUGCAGCCGGGGUGUCCCUGGUCGGGGAGGCAGGCCAGCGCUUGGAGGAAGCAUGGUCAGCGUCCUCACCGAGAGAUUUCUUCAGGGAGCGCACCAUUUCUCCAGCUGGGACUGCUGCCAGAGUCUUCCCCGAGGAAGACACAGUGUUCUUCACAGACACCAUGCUCCAGUGCAAGUCACUGAUAGCUGCAGAAAGUUGGUGACGGACCACAGGGAAGAAGGUUUCCAAGUAGGUACAGAGGAAGGCAGAGAGCCAAAGGCCUCCCCACCCAGGGGGAGCCCCAUAGAGCCCCCAUACUCUCUGCCACCUGACCUUGAGCCUCCCACAAACUGCUGUAUGAGUGGCUGCCCUAACUGUGUAUGGGUAGAUUAUGCAGAAGCUCUGCUGAGGCUCUACCAGGAUGGUGGGGAGAAGGCCCUAGCCAUUCUAGAGGAACACGUGACAGAUGAGAACCUCAAGGCCUUCCUGAGAAUGGAGAUCCGGCUCCGCAUGCAGAGCGGAGCCUGAGCCAGUUUACCUCAGACUCUGUAUCAUGGACAGGCGCUACCCUUAAGAACAUCAGGAUCACUUUUGUUCCCUGAGUCUGGAAGACUCCACAAGUCUGCCAGGAAUAGAAAUUAUUUUGUAACAACCUCACCUCCGAAUAAAUGACUCCUCUAUGGUAACCAUG